CUGCGGCUGCGGGAGCGGAGCGGUCGCCGGGCGCGCGGGGGGGACGCCGGCUGCACUCCCGGGCAAGCGCUCUGCAAUGAGACAGUAAAUGCAUCCCCCGUGUGCUGCUGCAGGGUAACAUCUGGACUGGGCUCCUGGACCCGUGGAUGUUUAGCUCCCCACCGUUCCUGGACUGACUUGUCAACAGCAACUUGGUAGAGGAUUUCAAAGAGUUUAAUUUCCUUAUAGAAGAAAAGAAGUUAAACAUUGGAUACAACCAAGUAAACAUUAUCCCAGACCAGUUAAGAUGCUUAAUUUAAAUUAGUUCAGCAGAUGUUUGUGGAGUCAUUACGAUUCGAAGAACACUUCAUGACAGAUUGUUGCAGUGGAAGGCUUCUCAGAUGCUUCAGGAUAUCUUCAGGGAAAUUGAGUCUCCAUAAACAGAGAAUUGAGACGCUCUAAGUGGGAGUCUCCAAAUCACCUACGAAGAUGGUGGCCCUGUCCUUAAAGAUCUGCGUCCGCCACUGCAACGUGGUGAAGACUAUGCAGUUCGAGCCGUCCACAGCCGUGUACGAUGCGUGUCGGGUCAUUCGGGAACGGGUACCUGAGGCACAAACUGGUCAAGCUUCUGACUAUGGGCUGUUUCUCUCUGAUGAAGACCCCAGGAAAGGCAUCUGGCUGGAAGCAGGCAGAACACUGGAUUACUACAUGUUGCGAAAUGGGGAUAUUUUGGAGUAUAAAAAGAAACAGAGACCCCAGAAAAUCCGGAUGCUGGACGGGUCUGUGAAGACGGUGAUGGUGGACGACUCCAAGACGGUUGGGGAGCUCCUGGUGACUAUUUGCAGCAGGAUAGGAAUAACAAACUAUGAAGAAUACUCUUUAAUUCAAGAAACAGUUGAAGAAAAGAAAGAGGAAGGGACAGGGACUCUAAAGAAAGACAGGACACUAUUACGAGAUGAGAGGAAAAUGGAGAAGUUGAAGGCCAAGCUUCACACGGAUGAUGACUUAAAUUGGCUGGAUCACAGCCGAACUUUCAGAGAACAAGGAGUCGACGAAAAUGAAACGCUGCUGCUUAGAAGGAAGUUCUUUUACUCAGAUCAGAACGUGGACUCGAGGGACCCUGUGCAGCUGAACUUGCUUUAUGUUCAGGCUCGGGAUGAUAUCCUGAACGGCUCCCACCCUGUGUCCUUCGAGAAAGCUUGUGAGUUUGGAGGAUUUCAAGCCCAGAUACAAUUUGGACCUCAUGUGGAGCACAAACACAAACCUGGAUUCCUAGAUCUAAAGGAGUUCCUGCCCAAAGAAUACAUCAAGCAGAGAGGAGCUGAAAAGAGAAUAUUUCAGGAGCACAAGAACUGUGGAGAGAUGAGUGAAAUAGAAGCCAAGGUCAAGUACGUCAAACUCGCCCGGUCCCUCCGGACUUAUGGUGUGUCCUUUUUCCUGGUGAAGGAAAAGAUGAAGGGCAAGAACAAGCUGGUGCCCCGCCUGCUGGGGAUCACCAAGGACUCCGUGAUGCGCGUGGAUGAGAAGACCAAGGAAGUGCUGCAGGAGUGGCCGCUGACCACGGUCAAGCGCUGGGCAGCCUCACCCAAGAGCUUCACGUUGGAUUUUGGGGAGUAUCAGGAAAGUUACUAUUCAGUACAAACCACCGAGGGAGAGCAAAUAUCCCAGCUGAUUGCAGGCUACAUUGAUAUCAUUCUCAAAAAGAAACAAAGUAAAGACCGAUUUGGACUAGAGGGUGAUGAGGAGUCAACUAUGUUAGAAGAGUCUGUCUCCCCAAAAAAGUCUACCAUCUUGCAGCAGCAGUUCAACCGGACCGGGAAGGUGGAGCAUGGCUCGGUGGCGCUGCCGGCCGUGAUGCGCUCGGGCUCCAGCGGGCCCGAGACCUUCAACGUUGGCAGCAUGCCAUCGCCACAGCAGCAGAUCCUGGUGGGGCAGAUGCACCGAGGCCACAUGCCCCCACUGACCUCAGCCCAGCAGGCCCUCAUGGGGACCAUCAACACGAGCAUGCACGCCGUCCAGCAGGCCCAGGAUGACCUCAGCGAGCUCGACUCACUGCCACCUCUUGGCCAGGAUAUGGCGUCCAGGGUAUGGGUUCAGAAUAAAGUCGACGAAUCCAAACACGAAAUCCACUCUCAAGUGGAUGCCAUCACAGCUGGAACAGCUUCAGUCGUUAACCUCACUGCCGGUGACCCUGCAGACACGGACUACACCGCUGUGGGAUGUGCAAUCACCACCAUUUCUUCCAACCUGACGGAGAUGUCCAAGGGUGUGAAGCUUUUGGCAGCUCUCAUGGACGAUGAGGUGGGCAGUGGGGAGGACUUGCUCCGAGCUGCCAGGACCCUCGCUGGGGCCGUGUCGGACUUGCUGAAAGCUGUGCAGCCUACUUCUGGAGAGCCCCGACAGACGGUUUUGACUGCUGCUGGAAGCAUUGGACAGGCCAGUGGGGAUCUUCUGAGACAGAUCGGAGAGAAUGAGACUGACGAGCGAUUCCAAGAUGUUUUAAUGAGUUUGGCCAAGGCUGUUGCCAAUGCUGCUGCCAUGUUGGUACUAAAGGCAAAGAAUGUGGCCCAGGUGGCCGAAGACACGGUCUUACAGAACAGGGUGAUCGCUGCCGCCACGCAGUGUGCCCUCUCCACCUCCCAGCUUGUGGCCUGUGCCAAGGUGGUGAGCCCCACCAUCAGCUCCCCCGUGUGCCAGGAGCAGCUGAUUGAAGCGGGGAAGCUCGUGGACCGCUCGGUUGAGAACUGCGUCCGCGCCUGCCAGGCGGCCACCGAUGACAGCGAGCUCCUGAAGCAGGUCAGCGCAGCAGCCAGUGUGGUCAGCCAGGCCCUGCACGACCUCCUGCAGCACGUGCGACAGUUUGCCAGCCGCGGUGAGCCCAUCGGCCGCUACGACCAGGCCACCGACACCAUCAUGUGUGUCACCGAGAGCAUCUUCAGUUCCAUGGGAGAUGCUGGUGAAAUGGUGCGCCAGGCCCGGGUCCUGGCCCAGGCCACCUCGGACCUCGUCAACGCCAUGCGGUCCGAUGCAGAGGCGGAAAUCGACAUGGAGAAUUCAAAGAAGCUCCUGGCAGCAGCAAAGCUCUUGGCCGACUCCACUGCUCGAAUGGUGGAGGCAGCAAAGGGGGCUGCAGCCAACCCCGAGAACGAGGACCAGCAGCAGAGGCUGAGAGAGGCCGCAGAAGGUCUCCGCGUGGCCACCAACGCUGCGGCCCAGAACGCUAUUAAAAAAAAAAUUGUCAACCGACUGGAGGUUGCAGCAAAGCAGGCUGCUGCCGCAGCCACGCAGACCAUCGCUGCCUCCCAGAAUGCAGCCGUGUCCAACAAGAACCCUGCGGCCCAGCAGCAGCUGGUCCAGAGCUGCAAGGCGGUGGCUGAUCACAUCCCUCAGCUGGUCCAGGGGGUGAGAGGGAGCCAAGCCCAAGCAGAAGACCUCAGUGCCCAGCUGGCUCUCAUCAUCUCCAGCCAGAACUUCCUCCAGCCUGGAAGCAAGAUGGUGUCUUCUGCCAAAGCCGCAGUGCCCACUGUGAGUGACCAGGCUGCCGCCAUGCAGCUGAGCCAGUGUGCCAAGAAUCUUGCCACCAGCUUGGCGGAGCUGCGUACCGCCUCGCAGAAGGCCCAUGAAGCCUGUGGUCCUAUGGAAAUCGAUUCAGCUCUGAGCACGGUGCAGACACUUAAGAAUGAACUGCAGGAUGCAAAGAUGGCCGCUGUGGAGAGUCAGCUGAAACCACUUCCAGGGGAAACGCUGGAAAAAUGUGCUCAGGACCUGGGAAGCACCUCCAAAGCGGUGGGCUCCUCCAUGGCGCAGCUGCUGACCUGUGCGGCUCAAGGCAACGAGCACUACACAGGGGUGGCUGCUAGAGAGACGGCCCAAGCUCUGAAAACACUGGCCCAGGCUGCCCGUGGGGUGGCUGCGUCGACGAGCGACCCCGCAGCUGCACACGCCAUGUUAGAUUCUGCCCGCGAUGUGAUGGAGGGCUCAGCCAUGCUCAUCCAAGAGGCCAAGCAGGCCCUGAUUGCACCUGGAGACGCGGAGAGUCAGCAGAGACUGGCCCAGGUGGCCAAAGCUGUCUCGCACUCAUUGAAUAACUGCGUGAAUUGCCUCCCCGGGCAGAAGGACGUGGACGUGGCCUUGAAGAGCAUUGGGGAGUCCAGCAAGAAGCUGCUUGUGGACUCGUUACCUCCAAGCACGAAGCCGUUCCAGGAAGCCCAGAGUGAACUGAACCAAGCAGCCGCGGACCUGAACCAGUCUGCUGGGGAAGUGGUCCAUGCUACCCGUGGCCAGAGUGGAGAGCUGGCUGCAGCCUCUGGCAAGUUCAGCGACGAUUUUGAUGAAUUCCUUGAUGCUGGCAUUGAGAUGGCGGGCCAAGCUCAGACCAAAGAAGACCAGAUCCAGGUGAUAGGGAACCUCAAGAAUAUUUCUAUGGCAUCCAGCAAGCUGUUGUUAGCUGCCAAGUCUCUCUCUGUAGAUCCAGGAGCCCCCAAUGCGAAAAAUCUCCUCGCUGCAGCUGCAAGAGCUGUGACAGAGAGCAUCAAUCAACUCAUUACUCUGUGCACCCAGCAAGCUCCUGGCCAGAAAGAGUGUGACAACGCCUUGCGGGAACUGGAGACUGUCAAGGGGAUGUUGGACAAUCCUAACGAGCCUGUUAGUGACCUCUCUUACUUUGACUGCAUUGAGAGUGUGAUGGAGAACUCCAAGGUUCUGGGAGAGUCGAUGGCAGGAAUUUCACAGAAUGCCAAGACCGGGGACCUCCCUGCCUUUGGGGAGUGUGUGGGGGUUGCGUCCAAGGCUCUCUGUGGGCUGACAGAGGCAGCAGCUCAGGCUGCAUACCUUGUCGGCAUCUCUGAUCCAAACAGCCAGGCAGGCCACCAGGGCCUUGUGGACCCCAUCCAGUUUGCCAGAGCUAACCAGGCUAUCCAGAUGGCAUGCCAGAAUCUGGUGGACCCUGGCAGCAGCCCAUCACAGGUUCUCUCGGCUGCCACGAUUGUCGCCAAGCACACCUCAGCCUUGUGCAAUGCCUGCCGCAUCGCCUCGUCCAAGACGGCCAACCCAGUGGCCAAGAGGCACUUUGUUCAGUCAGCCAAGGAAGUGGCCAACAGCACCGCCAACCUGGUGAAGACCAUCAAGGCCCUGGACGGGGAUUUCUCUGAAGACAACCGCACUAAGUGUCGCAUUGCCACCGCCCCCUUGAUCGAAGCCGUGGAGAACCUGACGGCCUUUGCGUCCAACCCUGAGUUUGUCAGCGUUCCUGCCCAAAUCAGCUCCGAGGGCUCCCAGGCACAGGAACCAAUCCUGGUCUCGGCCAAGACCAUGCUGGAGAGUUCAUCGUACCUCAUCCGCACGGCACGCUCACUGGCCAUCAACCCCAAAGACCCACCCACCUGGUCUGUGCUAGCCGGGCAUUCCCACACUGUGUCUGACUCCAUCAAGAGUCUCAUCACCUCUAUCAGGGACAAGGCCCCUGGCCAGAGGGAGUGUGACUACUCCAUCGAUGGCAUCAACCGGUGCAUCCGGGACAUCGAGCAGGCCUCACUGGCAGCAGUCAGCCAGAGUCUGGCCACGAGGGAUGACAUCUCCGUGGAGGCCCUGCAGGAGCAGCUGACUUCAGCAGUCCAGGAAAUCGGGCACCUUAUUGAUCCCAUCGCCACAGCGGCUCGGGGAGAAGCAGCUCAGCUGGGACACAAGGUGACGCAGCUGGCGAGCUACUUUGAGCCCUUGAUCUUAGCCGCGGUAGGUGUCACCUCCAAGAUUCUAGACCAUCAGCAGCAGAUGACGGUGCUGGACCAGACGAAGACGCUGGCGGAGUCUGCCUUGCAGAUGCUGUACGCAGCCAAAGAAGGUGGAGGGAACCCCAAGGCGCAGCACACCCACGAUGCCAUCACAGAGGCCGCCCAGCUCAUGAAGGAGGCUGUGGAUGACAUCAUGGUGACACUAAACGAAGCUGCCAGUGAAGUGGGGCUGGUGGGAGGCAUGGUCGACGCCAUUGCCGAAGCCAUGAGCAAGCUGGAUGAUGGCACGCCUCCAGAACCAAAGGGGACAUUCGUCGACUAUCAGACGACUGUGGUCAAAUAUUCUAAAGCCAUUGCGGUAACAGCUCAGGAAAUGAUGACUAAGUCGGUUACUAACCCGGAGGAGUUGGGAGGACUGGCUUCACAAAUGACCAGUGACUAUGGGCACCUGGCUCUCCAGGGCCAGAUGGCUGCAGCCACGGCGGAACCAGAGGAGAUCGGCUUCCAGAUUCGCACCCGUGUGCAGGACCUGGGCCAUGGCUGCAUCUUCCUGGUGCAGAAGGCAGGGGCCCUCCAGCUGUGCCCCACCGACAGCUACACCAAGAGGGAGCUCAUCGAGUGUGCCCGCGCGGUCACCGAGAAGGUGUCCUUGGUUCUAUCCGCUCUCCAGGCUGGGAACAAGGGGACCCAGGCAUGCAUCACAGCCGCCACAGCCGUGUCCGGGAUCAUUGCCGACCUGGACACCACCAUCAUGUUUGCGACCGCGGGGACCCUGAACGCGGAGAACAACGAGACCUUCGCAGACCACAGAGAGAACAUUCUGAAGACAGCCAAAGCCUUGGUGGAGGACACGAAGCUGCUGGUGUCUGGGGCUGCGUCCACCCCAGACAAGCUGGCCCAGGCAGCCCAGUCCUCAGCAGCCACCAUCACCCAGCUCGCCGAGGUGGUCAAGCUAGGGGCCGCCAGCCUGGGCUCUGACGACCCCGAGACCCAGGUGGUGUUGAUCAACGCCAUCAAAGACGUGGCCAAGGCCCUUUCAGACCUCAUUGGUGCUACCAAGGGGGCUGCCAGCAAGCCCGCCGAUGACCCCUCCAUGUACCAGCUCAAGGGGGCUGCCAAGGUGAUGGUAACCAAUGUCACCUCCCUUCUCAAAACUGUGAAGGCCGUGGAGGACGAGGCCACUCGGGGCACACGGGCGCUGGAGGCCACGAUCGAGUACAUGAAGCAGGAGCUCACGGUGUUUCAGUCAAAAGAGGUACCUGAAAAGACAUCAUCACCUGAAGAAUCAAUAAGGAUGACGAAAGGCAUCACCAUGGCAACAGCCAAAGCCGUGGCAGCUGGGAACUCAUGUAGACAGGAGGAUGUGAUCGCCACUGCCAAUCUGAGCCGGAAGGCCGUGUCAGAUAUGUUGACGGCUUGCAAGCAAGCAUCCUUCCACCCCGACGUCAGUGAAGAGGUGCGUGCCAGAGCCUUGCGGUAUGGGACGGAGUGCACCCUCAGCUACCUGGACCUUCUGGAGCACGUCUUGGUGGUUCUUCAGAAACCAACGCCAGAGCUCAAGCACCAGCUGGCUGCCCUCUCCAAGCGAGUCGCCGGCGCCGUGACCGAGCUCAUUCAGGCAGCAGAAGCCAUGAAAGGAACCGAGUGGGUGGAUCCAGAAGACCCAACCGUCAUUGCAGAAACAGAAUUGCUGGGGGCUGCAGCAUCCAUUGAGGCUGCAGCUAAGAAGUUAGAGCAACUGAAGCCAAGAGCAAAACCCAAACAAGCAGAUGAGACUCUGGAUUUUGAAGAACAGAUCUUGGAAGCUGCUAAAUCCAUUGCUGCUGCCACAAGUGCCCUGGUCAAGUCAGCCUCAGCAGCCCAGAGGGAGCUGGUGGCCCAAGGAAAGGUGGGCUCCAUCCCCGCCAACGCUGCAGAUGACGGACAGUGGUCACAGGGGCUGAUUUCUGCCGCCCGCAUGGUGGCAGCUGCGACCAGCAGUCUCUGUGAGGCGGCCAACGCCUCUGUUCAGGGACAUGCAAGUGAGGAAAAGCUCAUCUCAUCCGCCAAGCAGGUCGCCGCUUCCACAGCCCAGCUGCUCGUGGCCUGCAAGGUGAAGGCCGACCAGGAUUCAGAGGCCAUGAGGCGGCUACAGGUGGCAGGAAAUGCUGUGAAAAGAGCCUCCGACAAUCUUGUUCGUGCAGCCCAGAAGGCAGCCUUUGGCAAAGCUGAUGAUGACGAUGUAGUAGUGAAGACGAAAUUUGUGGGGGGCAUCGCUCAGAUUAUCGCUGCCCAGGAGGAGAUGCUAAAGAAAGAACGUGAACUGGAAGAAGCAAGGAAAAAGCUGGCCCAGAUCCGCCAACAGCAGUAUAAGUUCUUACCCACCGAGCUGAGGGAGGACGAAGGCUAAGUCUAGAGCCCAGAUGGCGAGCCCUGGGGGACGGCUCUUCGAGAACUGGACGGACAGUGUUGCUGAGAGGCCGGGCGCUUCCCUGGAAGCUGCCUGCUUGCCCCCCGGGGCCAGCCCAGGGCCCCGAGAGCUCAUCCUCACGCCUCCGUCUCAUCGGGCGCCAGCUGCAUGAUUGUGACGUCACACGGUACAGUGUCUCCCCCCACAGCUCCUCCGCCACCUCCCCUCGUGCCUCACCUGAUCUCAGGAGAGAGGGGUGCACAUGUCAUGGACUGUUACCAAAACAGGGAAGUCAGUAUUAUGUCAUCCCAGACACCUGUGCUCCGUGAUGGUCCUUCCACGGGCCUGCUCCCGGGCCUUCUGUGAAGUUGUAACAGGAAAAAAAUAAUGGCUCGAGGAAGUCAUUGAGGCCAUAGGUAUUCGAAGAUACCCUUCUCCCUCUCAGAAGAAGGUGGAAGUUGGAGUUGAGCACGGCCGAUAAGAGACCGAAACGCAAACCAGUGCGGACUCCGGGAGGCCAGCCUGGGCCGUCCUCCUGCGUCUCAAGCGCUGGCUCACCCAGAGGGUGACGAAUUCCUGCUCCUGUUUGCACGCCUUCUUGCCUCAGUGUGUAAGCUCCUUGUACAAUACAAGACCCAUCUUGUAUUCUGUGGCCCAGAAAAAAUCGAAUGAUUAUCUUUUUUUUCCUCCGUAAUCCAAAGGGCAGAGGUAUGGGGUAACUGUCAGGGCUUGGUGAGCAGGGGCUGUAAUAAAAUGUGUGGGCUCCUUAUGCUGCAGAGGCUGUUUCAGUUCGUGCAAAUGCAUUCACACAAACCCAUGUUCCGCAGAUGACAGGCAGUGCAGCAUCCAUCCAAGGCAGGGAUUCAGCUGAAAUAAAGCAAUUCCUGGGUGACUCCAUCUGCCAAGUCCCACACCGGCUCCUCUGCUCUUAAAAUGGUCAAAAUCUAGAAUGGGGAGGCAUCUGUUUACAAGUCUGUCCCCUUUCCUCCCUGCUGAGAUGGAUGUUUUCCCUAUGUCUUGAUAUUUAUGAGAUCUAGGUGCAUCCUAAAGUCAGUAUGAACCUUAACGAGGUAGUUUUCCUUGUUGCAUCUUAUAAGUGAAGAUACAUGCUAUCUUCAGAGUCUGUCUUCCUAGAUGUCACUCUUCCAGAAUUGUAUGGUUCUUCCCCUCCCUCUUUUUUCAGAACCCUCUCUUUGAAGGGUAUUUAAAGGCCUCAAAUUUACCUUUGAUCUGAGCCUUGACUCCCGACAGAGCCUAAUCCCAGGUAGCAAGUAUCUUUGAGAGAAUUCAUGGAGGAAAAAUGGGAAUGAGGGUGCAUGGUUUUCAAAGCUGAUGCCAUGGAAGGCAGCCCUUCUCCGCUUCUCUGCAGUAAUGUGGCAUCUCGUCUCACACCACGUCCACAGCACAGUUUCCAAUUUCCACCCAGGGGAACAGUUGAUGCCUUGGUCCUCAAAAGGUGUCACUAUUAGACCUUGCCAACAGCCCUGCUCUAGCAGACUCUAUCCCGUGUCAUGGCUUGAAAAUAUAAUUAAACUUGGACAGCUUCCCAUAUCUAUGAAAGACUUGGAAGUGCUGCCCAUAAGAGAGUUUUUUGUCCAGUCCAGACGAGUACAAAGCUAGAGGAAAUACAUGUGUCAAUACAAAGCAGGUGGAGAGAGUGUGCAGGGAGGUGAGGGCAGAGGCGUCACCUCUGAAGAGGAGGUUGGCUGGCAAAGCCCUGGCCUCUCAGGGACGCUUCCACAUUUUUACUCACCCUUUUUGAGUGUGUCUAGUACACUCUGCCCUGGGCUAGGGCCCCGUGGACUGCGGAUCUCCCGAGACACUGCACACAGGCACAGGGUGCUUUCUGAAACUUAAGGACCAGACCCGAAGGCUCCUCUGCUCCAGUCAAGCCAGAUUAGCACCCUCAUGUCACAGGACUCUGAGGCACCCCUCCAUGGCCUGCCCUGGCCCCUUUUCUUCCAGGCUGUGCAGUUGCUUCUCUUCCCGUCUACCUGUCCCCCGUCACAUCCCAGCAUCCCAGGAGCCAGGCAGUGACAAGCAGUAAGCCCUCUGUCCCUGCCUGAGUCAUUAAAAACCUCCAGAGACGAGUCAAGUGGGAAGAUCUUUCCUUUACAACGACAUAGGACAGGCCUAGAGCCAAGUUCACUUUUGCAGGACCCAUACAAAUGUCCUCCUGUCUGGAGUGUCCGGCUGGGACACCUGUGUGGUGCUUUUUCCUCUGCCCCUCCCUCGUCUGCCUGCACACGUGCACGUAGCUGGCCUGUGGCUUGUCCCCCCUGGUCUCAGGAGUGGUGGAAAGGCUGUGCUCUGGGCGUUAUUUAAUAGGUGCUACAACAGGUGUCCCUGGGGCAUGGAAGGGGGGCUUCUGGUUCUUCUUCAAAGGGAAAUAACACAGAUAUGAGUUGCAUUGUGGGUGUGAGUUUUCAUUGCAGACAGUCUAACAAAAGGAUGGUUUUGGGGUGAACCAGUCCCAGGUCUGGAGCAUGGCACAUCUCUUUGGGGGGGUGUCCCAGUCCCAGCUGGGGAGCUAGCACUGGGCUUUGAAGCCUCAGGCUGAUCCUGGAGCCCAGAAAUUGCUGUCUCUGAAGGUCAAAAAAGAAACCUGACCUGGAGGUCAUUUGGGAGUUUAGGUGGUGUUGGUUCUGCUUUUCAAAAGAAUGCUAAAGCCACAUUCAGUUAAACAACCAGCCCUAUUCAAACUCUGCCCGUGUCCAGUCUGAUGCGGCCCUGGUGGUCCAUGCAGGCAGGCACCUAGGGUCCUGGGCAGCCCUCCAAUCAGGCGUAGUGGGCCCAUCUGCCCACACACGGCCUCGAGGGGUGAGCACCAGAGCACCUGGAGCACAGAAACCCCUUCAGGGCUUCUCCUAGGCCUCCCCUGCUUGUUUUCUGGGGGGUUUUAUCAGUCUGUGAAUUUAUGAGCAACCAAAGCCUAUUCCUAACUUAUCAAUAUAUAAAAACCCAAAUGCCCCCAUCCCCAAGACAAUAGACACUGCCACUGCCAGAGUGGCCCCAAGGCCACAGACACACGAGAGCCAGGCAGCCAGGCAGUGGGGGUAAACAAGCUGUGGCCUCGCUCCCAGGGGACUCACGGCCUCCUGCUAAUGAGCCUGCUCCCUCCUUGGCAGCGAGCCCCGAGUCGCCCCCAGCUCUGGGUUCUGGGCUUUGGUGGGACCUCUGGAGACUCUGCCUGAAGACCCCAGCACAGACAGACUGUCAGCCUGUUCAGCUCUCAGACUCCUGGAGGAAGCAGCCCCUCCGCUGACCAAGGCAAGGUCUGUGAGCCUUAGGAGAGCCAAGGAAUUGGCAGGAAACGUUUGCUUCGAGCUGAAGCAGUAGGUUCAGAAACCCAAAUCCUGACAGCUGUGCCAGGGGCUCAGGUCACCUCCAAGGGCAGGUCUCAGGAGGUGGCCUCGGGGGAAGGUGUCUUGCCCUCCACGGUCUCCAAGUAUCAUGUUUAAAAGUCCCUGAGACAACUGCUCCGCCUUCCUGAGCAUCUUCCGGACACAUUAUGUUUAUGGUCAUCAGGAACAGCCAUGUGACAGAGCUUCUGUUGGCUGUCUGAAAAAAACAAAGCACAUUUUUUUCCUGUAAAAGAGGUUUGGAUCAUUGGCUGUCCUCUGAGCCCACCUCCCAGCCCUCCAGCUAGUGUCCACGUGUGAUCAGCCCCCAGCCCCCCGGGGCCUCCUGGUUCCGGGAGGCUGUGUUCCGCUCAUCCGCCUUCUCCCCAAGCUGCAAAGUCCAGAAGCAAACAGGAACGGUAACCUCAGCUGCGUGUCAUAAUGUCUUUACUCUGUUGAUCUGGUCACAUAAAUUA